AUGGUGAAGGAGCAGUUCCGGGAGACCGAUGUGGCCAAGAAAAUAAGCCACAUCUGUUUUGGAAUGAAGUCGCCCGAGGAGAUGCGCCAGCAGGCGCACAUCCAGGUUGUGAGUAAGAACCUGUACAGCCAGGACAACAACCAUGCCCCCUUGCUGUACGGGGUGCUUGACCACAGGAUGGGUACCAGUGAGAAGGACCGCCCUUGCGAGACCUGUGGAAAGAACUUGGCUGACUGUCUGGGCCACUACGGGUACAUUGACCUGGAACUGCCUUGUUUUCACGUGGGAUACUUCCGCGCCGUCAUAGGCAUCCUGCAGAUGAUCUGCAAAACCUGCUGCCACAUCAUGCUGUCCCAAGAGGAGAAGAAGCAGUUUCUGGAUUAUCUCAAGAGGCCUGGCCUGACCUACCUCCAGAAGCGAGGGCUGAAGAAGAAAAUCUCUGAUAAAUGCCGGAAGAAAAACAUCUGCCAUCACUGUGGCGCUUUCAAUGGUACUGUAAAGAAGUGUGGUUUACUGAAGAUAAUUCAUGAGAAAUACAAGACCAACAAGAAAGUGGUAGAUCCUAUCGUAUCGAAUUUCCUUCAUUCUUUUGAAACGGCCAUCGAGCACAACAAAGAAGUGGAGCCCCUUCUGGGGAGGGCACAGGAAAACUUGAAUCCCUUAGUCGUUCUGAAUUUAUUUAAGCAAAUCCCAGCUGAAGAUGUCCCUCUCCUUCUGAUGAACCCGGAAGCCGGAAAGCCCUCCGAUUUGAUCCUCACGCGACUGUUAGUGCCUCCCUUGUGCAUCAGGCCCUCCGUCGUGAGCGAUUUGAAGUCUGGCACCAAUGAAGACGAUCUGACGAUGAAAUUGACAGAGAUCAUUUUCCUAAAUGAUGUCAUUAAAAAGCAUCGGAUAUCAGGAGCCAAGACCCAGAUGAUCAUGGAAGACUGGGACUUCUUGCAGCUGCAGUGUGCCCUCUACAUUAACAGCGAGCUCUCGGGCAUCCCCCUUAACAUGGCGCCCAAGAAAUGGACCCGGGGUUUUGUCCAGCGCCUGAAGGGAAAACAGGGUCGAUUUAGAGGCAAUCUCUCAGGAAAGAGGGUGGAUUUUUCUGGCAGAACUGUCAUCUCACCUGACCCCAACCUCCGGAUUGAUGAGGUAGCUGUGCCAGUUCAUGUGGCCAAAAUCCUAACUUUUCCUGAGAAAGUAAACAAAGCAAACAUUAACUUUUUGAGGAAACUGGUUCAAAACGGACCUGAAGUUCACCCAGGAGCCAAUUUCAUUCAGCAGAGACACACGCAGAUGAAAAGGUUUUUGAAAUACGGAAAUAGGGAAAAAAUGGCUCAGGAGCUCAAGUACGGGGACAUUGUGGAGAGACACCUCAUAGACGGGGACGUGGUGCUGUUCAACCGGCAGCCCUCGCUGCACAAGCUGAGCAUCAUGGCGCACCUGGCCAGGGUCAAGCCCCAUCGGACCUUCAGAUUUAAUGAGUGUGUGUGUACACCCUACAAUGCGGAUUUUGAUGGCGAUGAGAUGAACCUUCACCUUCCACAAACAGAAGAAGCGAAAGCAGAGGCCCUUGUUCUAAUGGGGACUAAAGCAAAUCUUGUAACUCCAAGGAACGGGGAACCACUAAUUGCUGCUAUUCAGGACUUUCUAACAGGUGCCUAUCUCCUUACUCUUAAGGACACUUUCUUUGACCGAGCCAAGGCAUGCCAAAUUAUCGCUUCAAUACUGGUGGGCAAGGAUGAGAAAAUUAAAGUUCGUCUCCCGCCUCCUACAAUAUUAAAGCCUGUCACUCUGUGGACAGGAAAGCAGAUCUUCAGUAUCAUCCUCAGACCUAGUGAUGACAAUCCAGUGAGGGCCAACCUUCGAACCAAGGGCAAGCAGUACUGUGGCAAAGGAGAAGACCUCUGUGUCAAUGAUUCCUACGUCACUAUCCAGAACAGUGAGCUGAUGAGUGGCAGCAUGGACAAAGGAACACUGGGAUCAGGAUCCAAGAACAAUAUUUUUUACAUUUUGCUGCGAGACUGGGGACAGAAUGAAGCUGCCGAUGCCAUGUCAAGGCUUGCCAGGCUGGCUCCUGUCUACCUCUCAAACCGUGGGUUCUCAAUUGGGAUUGGUGACGUCACACCUGGUCAAGGGCUGCUAAAAGCCAAGUAUGAGUUGCUGAAUGCUGGCUACAAAAAAUGUGACGAGUACAUCGAAGCCCUAAACACGGGCAAGCUGCAGCAGCAGCCUGGCUGCACCGCGGAGGAGACGCUGGAGGCUCUGAUCCUGAAGGAGCUGUCGGUGAUCCGAGACCAUGCGGGCAGCGCCUGCCUCCGGGAGCUGGACAAGAGCAACAGCCCCCUCACCAUGGCUCUGUGCGGCUCCAAAGGUUCCUUCAUUAACAUAUCACAGAUGAUUGCCUGUGUGGGACAGCAAGCCAUCAGUGGCUCCCGAGUGCCAGAUGGCUUUGAAAACAGGUCCUUGCCUCACUUUGAAAAACACUCAAAGCUCCCAGCUGCCAAAGGCUUUGUGGCUAAUAGCUUUUAUUCUGGUUUGACACCAACUGAGUUUUUCUUCCACACAAUGGCUGGCCGGGAAGGUCUAGUCGACACAGCCGUAAAGACAGCUGAAACGGGAUACAUGCAGAGAAGGCUUGUGAAGUCCCUUGAAGACCUUUGUUCACAGUAUGAUUUGACAGUCCGAAGCUCUACGGGAGAUAUCAUACAGUUCAUUUACGGGGGAGAUGGCUUAGAUCCCGCAGCUAUGGAGGGAAAAGAUGAACCCUUGGAGUUUAAAAGGGUUCUGGACAACAUCAAAGCAGUCUUCCCGUGUCAGAGCGAGCCUGCACUCAGUAAAAACGAGCUGGUCCUGAGCACCGAGUCCAUCAUGAAGAAGCACGAGUUCCUCUGCUGCCAGGACAGCUUCCUGCAGGAAAUAAAGGAAUUCAUUAAGGGGGUUUCUGAGAAGAUCAAGAAAACCAGAGAUAAAUACGGCAUCAACGACAACGGCACAACAGAGCCCCGGGUGCUGUACCAGUUGGACCGGAUCACCCCCACCCAAAUAGAAAAGUUUCUGGAGACCUGCAGAGAUAAGUACAUGAGGGCACAGAUGGAGCCUGGUUCUGCGGUAGGUGCCCUCUGUGCCCAGAGCAUCGGGGAGCCAGGCACCCAGAUGACCCUGAAGACUUUCCACUUUGCAGGCGUGGCCUCCAUGAACAUCACCCUGGGUGUGCCCCGCAUCAAAGAGAUCAUCAACGCUUCCAAGGCCAUCAGCACUCCAAUCAUCACGGCUCAACUAGACAAGGAUGACGAUGCAGAUUAUGCUCGCCUCGUGAAAGGGAGAAUUGAGAAAACUCUCUUAGGAGAGAUUUCAGAAUACAUUGAAGAGGUGUUCCUCCCCGACGACUGCUUUAUCCUGGUCAAGCUCUCCCUGGAGCGGAUCAGACUCCUGAGGCUGGAAGUGAACGCAGAGACGGUGCGGUACUCCAUCUGCAUGUCCAAGCUCCGAGUGAAGCCGGGCGACGUGGCUGUUCAUGGCGAGGCCGUGGUGUGUGUCACCCCCCGUGAGAAUAGCAAGAGCUCCAUGUACUACGUGCUGCAGUUCCUGAAGGAAGACCUCCCCAAGGUGGUGGUGCAGGGCAUCCCAGAGGUGUCCAGAGCUGUCAUCCACAUCGACGAGCAGAGUGGGAAGGAGAAGUACAAGCUCCUGGUGGAGGGUGAUAACCUGCGGGCAGUCAUGGCCACUCACGGUGUGAAGGGCACCCGAACCACCUCCAAUAACACGUAUGAGGUGGAGAAAACACUGGGCAUCGAAGCUGCCCGGACGACGAUCAUCAACGAGAUCCAGUACACGAUGGUCAACCACGGCAUGAGCAUCGACCGGAGGCACGUGAUGCUGCUCUCCGACCUCAUGACCUACAAGGGCGAAGUCCUGGGCAUCACCAGGUUCGGCCUGGCCAAGAUGAAGGAGAGCGUGCUGAUGCUGGCCUCCUUCGAGAAGACGGCGGAUCACCUCUUCGACGCUGCCUACUUUGGGCAGAAGGACUCCGUGUGCGGGGUGUCCGAAUGCAUCAUCAUGGGGAUCCCCAUGAACAUUGGAACCGGGCUCUUCAAGCUGCUCCACAAGGCCAACAGGGACCCGAGCCCUCCCAGGAGGCCCCUGAUCUUCGACACAAACGAAUUCCACAUCCCUCUGGUCACAUAG